AUGUCUCCAUCUUCCGAUCCUAUCUCGUCUCUCCCUCGCUCUGUUCCUCCUCUACCUCUGACAGAAGCCCACCUGGCGUUGAUCCCACUGGAACAUCAACAGAAUAUCAAGAACAAGGCAAACAGACGAGAAAGCCUGGAAACUGACAUAUCUGCGGUUUCGGUUCGCUCUACUUUGUCUGAGUUUAUCUCAAAGAAGACCGAUACCCUCAUCGCCCGUAUUGAGGAGCUCGAGGCCCAGCUAGAUGGCGUUGGUUCAGCUCCCGAGGCCCUUGGGGAAGGCAUUUUUAUCGAGGCCUUUGGGCAGAUUGUUAAUGAGCUAGCUGAAAAAUCCAAGGAGCUCAUGCUUCUCAAAGGGAGCGAGCGAUGGGUUGAACAGCGGCUUGAAGAGCAGAUCGAGACCCAGCUUUCCACACGACAACUGGAGACUCCUCAGCCUGACGACCCUUUCCAUUUCAACCAACUCGACCUCGGCGAUCAUUCUGGCCUACACGAAGAAGCAGCCGAUAAAUUGUGUGAAAGGGCCAAUCCUCAUCCCGGAAAGCGACCGCGCCUUGAGGGGUGGAAUGACUUGACCCCUCCCCAUGAUGGCCUCCGUCCACUUGAUCACCUUCGCGACAACCGCCAUUAUCCCGAGGAUAGUCCUACUGAGAGAAGUGGCCAAGGUGAUCUACCCAUCGAUGGAUCUCAGGCUAAAGGACAAGAGACUCCCGCUCCUUGGUACGAUGACGAAGUGAUAUCCAGAAUGUACGCGGAAAUGAUCCCCCAGCGCGUUGUGGGAGGUUACGGCAAGGAACGUGGUUUCAAAAGCCAUGAUCAGUACAAAUUCAGCAAGGCGGUUCUUGAGAGAUACGAUGCGCUGAAAGAGGGGGAUGGGGUCCAGAAAAAGUGGUGUCACGCUACUGGUCUCAUGUGGCUAGCAAAGGAGAUCAAAUGUGCCCACCUGGUUCCCAGCUGUAUGACCUCUGAUGAAAUUGCCAUGUUGUUCGGUGAUAAGGGGCUGAAGUCGGUGCUCCUUGAUCCCCUUAAUGGCCUAACACUCCACAGAAACGUGGAGGUGGCGUACGAUUGCGCAAGAAUCGCGAUUGUACCUAAUCGCAUCCCCAUCAUUGAGGGAGUAGCGACGGAAUGGAAGUGCCUGCUGGUCGACACCUCGUACGCAAACAAGAUUGCGUGUAGCUUUGGAGAUAGGGACAUUUACUGGAGAGACCUGAAUGGCAAGAAGCUAGAAUUCUUGACUCCGAAUCGGCCCGCAAGGAGAUACCUCUAUUUCCGAUUCCUAACGACAUACAUUCAUACCAAGCGUAAGGGCUUUACGGCCUUCACCACUCAAUUUGAGAACUCAAGUGACUUUUGGGGAACACCAGGGGAAUACGUGGAGAAGAGCUCGCUGAACCUUCUAGCAAAGAAUGUCGGCAUCAAGCUACCCCGCGCUGUCAUGCAGAACGCUUUCGAUGGAGGCGGUUCGAAUCAUCCAGUUGAAGAACCAAGACUGCUUGCACCAGUGGCAAAGGUGAUCAGCGCUGGGAAACCCAUGUCCGGCGCUUGCAACACGGUGAAGACGACAGUGAUUCGGAAGGGGAAGGAUGUGGGGAUUGCUACAAUCUGGACGGUAUCUGACCUGGGGAAUUUCAUGACCAGCACUUUCCCUUCCGAGUUAGUUUCAUGCAUAGCUGAAGCUGCUCCAAUUUUACACCGUUGCCUCCUGCGGCUUGGGUCGUUUCCAUAUCACAAUGAUCCGCAUCCUGCUCUUUCUUUGGAUGUGCUACGCACAGGCAUGAUUAUUCUGCUUAGGCUAGAUAGAGGGAAACUUCUGGAUCAUGAUAACGACGACGCGUCACUCGUUUACCCUGAUCGGUUCAGCGCUAAACAACGAGUUUUGUUGUACCAGAGCAUGACAGAGCCGCUAGGAACCUUUGCCCAGGAAUCUCGAAACCCAGAAGACGAUUAUCACCUUGCGAAAGCUAUUGAGAUUAUCACGUAUGGGAAUUUCAAACGCAAUUCGCGGUUCCCGACCGCAGUGAGCAAAGGACCUGAAUAUUCUCCCGUCGAACAUUUCCCUUCGUCAAACUCUACAUUCACCAGCGGAAAGAUCCCGGUAGAGGAUUUUAGGCUUUUGCUUCGGUUAAUGCUCCUGACUCAAUUGUAUGUGGCUGGUAUUGGCCCAGAGAAUUUUACGUCGUUCCUAUCGGAAAUUGAAGGAAAGACAGACUGCCUAUUGGCGACAUUCUUAACCGGAGAUGGGUUAUCGAAUGCUGUCUCUUUCACGGCAUUCGACAGCGCCCUAGCAAACUCAAUGCAAAACCUCUUCCUGGGCCUGCCUCGAAUCCUCGGUCCUUUGCACUCGGUCAAACCCUUCCCGCCAGCGACACCCCCAUCAUCAGUCCCUGAAGCACAAAAAGUGUUAAAAGAAUUGUUUACGCCGUCAGUCACAACAGAGCCUCCUCCCAAAGCAAUAAUUAUGAGUCUCCCUCUCCUGAGCCAGCUCUCGGUGAGCUUACCACAAGACUUUCCCAUCGAAAGACCAGAAAUUCUUCUUUCUUCUCAGGAGGUGGAUCUAAAGUGUCUAAAAGGUUCCCUAUCUGCGAUUACAAAGGCCAGGAUACUGUUGGUGUCUGGAAAGGCCGGUCAAAAAGCUGCCAUAUUCGGAGCCUACUUUCCGAAGGGGUCGUCGCCUGACACCUGGAACAAGUCAUGCGUCGUAGUUCAACUGGCGCCAGUUCAUCGAACGUUCCAUCAUUCCGGAGAUGUGGUGCCAAAUAAGGAACCAGAUUUUGGAGACAGCUCGCGGUUGGCACUUGCCUUUGCAGAUGUUACUCUCGUGUUGAGCGAGGGAUUCGCCAAAGGCAGUCUUAUCGCGCAAUUCGGCGAUAGUACCGGCCAAGAGCUUGUUGUUGAUGGUGUAGAGGUUCUAAGCUUUGAAGGAUCCUUUGUUCGUGUCAAUACUUUCGAGUAG